AUGGUAACCGGGAUAGAGACAGCUAGUAUCAUCCUUGCGGUCCUUCCUCUCGUCGUCAAGCGAAUAGAAACAUACGCCCAAGGCGUACAGUACCUGAAAAGCCUGAGAACUUCGAUUUACCUCAGGGACCUCGAUACAUAUGCGUUCAAGCUGCAGACUCAGGAGGUCUUAUUUAAGAACACGAUCGAGGAAGCACUUGACGGGGUAGUCAAGUACGAAAAUGAUAUUGACGAUUUGAUCCAAGAUAUCCAGGGAGAUCAGUGGAUAAGACUAGAGAUUGAUAAAAAGCUGGAGAAUAAGAUGGGAAGAAGCUAUGGGCCUUUUAAAGAAAUAUUGAGCGAGAUGGGCCAGAUUAUAUCUGACAUAGAUGGCGAGCUGGGUCUAAAGGAUCAAUCAGCGCAGGAAUUGUGGGACAGCACCGAUGCUUUGAAGCGAGAAGCAAAAAAGCUCCGAAACUUCUUCAAGAAGGCUACCUUCGCCAGUGUAUUCGAUGAUCUCGAGAGGUCGAACUUCCGUCUAUCAAGAUUGGUUCACCAAGCCGGGAAACAAGAAGCGUUCCAGGCUAAACGAAUUCAUGGCGGUCAUUCAAUCCAAUUCAUUCUCGAGGCCCUUCCGAAUGAACCGCCGGAUUCUUCGGAGCAUCCUGAUUAUCCUCGAUUUCGAGUGAUCUUGACCCAAGGAACCACCGGUAAAGCUGUUAUCAAGGAUCACGAAAUCGAAACCGAACUAGACAUUGAUGAGAGCCCUCCUCCAAAUGGAUUGCAUAAACAGGCUCUACCAAGCCUGAGAAAAAUGGUCAGGUUCGCCUCUCCAAAACCAGGCAAGGACGGCCCUGGUAAUCACCAGAAGCCUCCACCGGUUCAAAUCCGUGAUAUUUGUUCGACCUUGAACAAGCUCGGUGGUGCCAAUGAGCAGUCGCUUCUCGGAUACUUAAAAGAUGAGGAACGACUGCACAGGAUCUAUUAUAUGCGUUGCAUUACAGACCAUAGGGAUAUCUUCUCCCUAAAAGACCUCCUUCGAAUAGCAGCUCCUCGAGCACCCAUUCCGACUCCAUGCAGUGCAGUAUUCAACCGACGAGACCGGUUGCAGCUCGCAGUCAAACUCGCGUGUAGCGUUCUUCGCUUCCACGGAAACUGGCUCAGGGCCCAGUGGCAAUCAGGCGACAUAAUGUUUACAACCACAGAGUCCAGCCAGCAAAGAAACCCUUAUAUUAUGUGGGACGUACCCGGAAGCAUGGACAGCCAGACCAUGUGCAAGGACAAAACGUCGUCUGUCCUCGUGCGAAACGAAGUUCUCUUCCCUCUCGGUCUGACUCUGGUGGAGCUUUCUUUGUGUCAGAAUCUUGAUGAUCUAUAUGAGCCAAAGGACCACGACAUAGUGCCGGCGCACACUUUAUUGAAAACUGCCUCGCGGUGCUUAUCCUCUGUGCAAGCUGAAAGUGGGGCCGAUUACGCCGAUGUGGUAGAUAAAUGCCUGCGGUGGCAUGGCAGCCGGGAGGAGAGUUUGGAAGAUGAAGCUUUUCAAGAAAGAGUUUUUCGCGACAUUAUAGUCCCUUUGAUGCAGGAUUUGAGUCACCUGGAAGGGAAGUCAGCCUUUGUAUAA